GAAUCCUCAGCUCAAAACAGACCACACCGGCGGCACAUGUGUUAUCAUGGCGGCGCCCACUAAAAAGAUGGUUGUUGUUUCUGACGACUCCAGCAGUAGCGACGAAGAAGCGUUAAAAAGAUGCCAGGAGGCCGCAUGGGUGAAACCUAGUGACACAAAGAAAGAUGAGGACAUCAAAGUGCAACCGUCAAAGCGUUUUGUUGUUGCUGACCACGAACACGAUUGCAAUGAGCUCCAGGUCACGCAGGGGUUUCGGGCACACGUCGCUAAAAAGUUGGGACAUUUUCUUGACAGUUCCAUUACAGAAAUGUGUACUGACACUUUAUCCUUCGUGGAAUCAGCAACCUGUGAUGAUGAAGGAUUUCUUCUGUUUUCUACGUCGGUCCCGGGACAGGAAGCUGAUGAUUCUCCAGCCCCGGUGAAGCGUCGGCCUGUUCCCAGCUCAAGCAGCGACAGUGAGAUGGAGACGAGGCUGAGGGAGGCAGCGGUGUCUGUCAAAGAUCUCUUACUUGAAUCGUUACCGCUCUCUACAUUCUCCACUCCCUCAGCGGAGCUACCCAGUUCGGCGAAAAAUAAGAAAAACAAGAAAGAUGCAGAGGGACAGGAGAGUCCUGUGGUUAAGAAGAAGAAGAAGAAGAAGAAAAAGAAGAAAAAAAUUAAACCGAAUCAAGAACAGGUGGACUCUGCAGGUUCUCCACAUAAUGCUCAAAUAAAUGGUGAGCAGGAUCUCGCACAGGUUAAAGGAAAACGGAAAAGGAAAAGGGCAAAGAAGCAAAGAGAAUUACACACAAAGGAAGAAGCUUUAAACUGAACUAAUGACUUGUUUCACAGUUUUGGGAUGUUUGUUUAUUUGUUGUCUAGAAACUGUCAAGUUUCCCCAACACAUUUGAGUAUAUUUUAGGAAGCUGUGUGUUUGAUACUAUGCAUUAAAGAGUAUCUAAACAAAAACCUCUUGCUCAUUGUUAUUCUUGAAAUAGUUUUUUCUUUCAUGAAAUAUACUAAUUGAGUGCGAAAAGGCAUUUCAAGGCAGUGACAUAAGAAAAAUGCAGGUAACAUGUCGAUUACAAGUUUAAAAUUAAUGUACAGUUUCUGAAUUCCCAAACAAUUUAAUAAAAAAAGAUUUUGGUGUUGA